GAGUAGGAGGCAGGAGCCAUGGGGGAGAAUCUGGGGGGCGGCGGCGGCCAUGACCUUUGCCCCCCUUGCAGGGAAGUCAGCUGGGCUACUCCGCGCCAUCGCAGCGAAGAUCAAGGAGGAGCUGGGGACGCCCUGGGUGCCCCCCGCCUGCCGCACCCCUCGGCUACAGCGGCUGCAGGGCACCUGCCUGCUGAAACCCUUUCAUGCCCACCCCUUGGUCCUGCCUCGCGAUUCGGAGCCAGUUGGUAGCCCUGGGUUUAGUCAGGCCAAACGCUCCAACUCCCCCGAGAUGAACAACAUCCACGGCUUGACGUGGCUUGAUGGAGUGUCGGGGGGCACGCUGCUCCCUGAUCUCUCUGCCCCCAGGCUGACGGGGGCUAUUGCUCCUGCUCCCCAGCUGCUGGUGGAGAGCAGCGCCCAGCGCCUGGUGCACCUGGCCGCGCAGUGGGAGACGCGCCGGGGGCCCCUCAUGGAUCAGUAUCGUCACCUCCGCGCUGCCCGUCACUCCCGCCAGCUGGAGUCAACACGGCGCGUCUCGGAGAUCCAGGCCCUGAACGAGCGCGGCCGGAGCGCGGCCACCGAGGCCCGGCGCAAGGAGGAGCUGUGCCGGCAGCUGCUGACAGAGCUGGAGUCGCUCCCCAAGGAUGUGUCACGGGCGGCCUACACCCAGCGCAUCCUCGAGAUCAUCGGCAACAUCCGCAAGCAGAAGGAGGAGAUCACGAAGAUCCUGUCGGACACGCGGGCCCUGCAGAAGGAGAUCAACAGCCUGACCGGGAAGCUGGACCGGACCUUCGCCGUCACCGACGAGCUGGUCUUCAAGGUGGGGGGCCCUGGGGGACACUCCCCUGGGGACGCCCCGGCAGGACCCGCUCUGGCACAGGACAGGGCAGCCCAGUGCCGGCGGCAGAGGGAGCUGGUCGAGAACCUGGAGGAUCAGCUGGAGCGCGAGCGGCAGCGCCUGGGGCCAUGCAGGCCAGUGGCCACGUCAGAGGCCACGGACCGAGCCCUCGACCCGUAA